AGCAGGUUUGUCUCGUUACCUACGCUUGAGCCUACAUUUUCUGUACUUUUCAAAAAGGGUAACUUCAUAUUGGUUAUUAAAUAGUAUCAAACAAUAAUUUUGCACUUUUUAAAAAAUGCAGAAACUAUAGGUAACGAGAAUAAACCUAGUCGUGCUGUUUGACGUUACACAGAUUUAAUUAUGUAUCAAUAAGUGGUGUGUGAUUACGCGUACCUGAUGCGUACAUACGACUUAGUUCAUAAAAGUCAUUACAGUUUCAGAAUAGUGCAUCUUAAAAAACUAAAUGUACGCUGAUGAAUAACAACAUAUAAUGUAACAAGAAUAUCGGCUACAUUUUUCAAUUAGUUAUUAAUUAGUGCAGUUUAUUUUAUGAAACUGAUACAAAUUUUCACUGUGUUUUUUAUUUCUGUUGCAUCGCGAGAAUUCUAUAUGUUUAUAUGAACAUAAAAUUGGAAUAAAGAACAAUUAUUAAUUAAUAGACAUUAUUAAUAACAAUGACUGUUACCAUGGAUUCUGUCGUAUAUUUAGUUCUUACUGCAAUAUUGUGGGGUGCUACAAAUCCUUUUUUAAAAAAAGGCUCACAAGGUUUAGAAAAUGUAAAAUCAUCUUCACGAUGUGGUCAAUUUGCUAAGGAAGUUAUAUUUCUUGUCACAAAUUUGAAAUAUAUAAUACCUUUUCUAAUAAAUCAGUGUGGAUCAAUAUUAUAUUUCCUGACCCUGCAAAGCACAGACAUAUCAUUGGCAGUGCCAGUUACAAAUUCACUUACCUUUGUAUUUACUGGUAUCGCUGGUAGGCUGUUAGGUGAAGAAAAGGUUCAUAGAAAUACGUACAUUGGUAUGAUAUUCAUACUUACUGGCACAACAUUAUGUUGCCUAGAUAAAUUAGGCAUUACCGAAUAACUUAGAUAUUUCAUCUUUAAAAAACCGUUUGAGUAUCAAUAAUGGAAAAGUAAUAUAGAUUUGAAAAGCAAUUAACCAGAAGUUAGAAGUAGUCAAAAGAAAAUAUCUGUGCUGAUUGGUCCUCAAAUUGUAUCCAAGAGUUUAUCCAUCUGUCCUGGAAACAAACCCAAUGUCCAUUUCAUUUUAUAUAAGUAAGGACCACAGGUCAGUGAAAAUAUUUCUUUUUUUAAUAGAAUUUGAUGAGUUCAUUGAUGAACUGACGGUGCAGCAAUGACAUUCAGACUUGCAGAUUGUAGGACAAUAAGUAUUGUACUUGCAGUUAUCUUUUGCUGACGACAUAAGACCUAACUAAAUUCGACCUCAACACAUUUUUUAUAAUGUAAUGAAAAAAUGACGUUGCUUCUCAGAAUAUUUGGAAUUAUGUUUAUUUAUUUCGAAUUAUUUAAUAGUGUUACAAAAUAAAACAUGUUUUGGAGCAUGCA